AAUUGUUAAGCAUCUCUCUUUAAAGCAAGAAAAAGAAAACGCCCUUAGCUCAGGCAGUUUAAAUUUGAUAAAUUUCUCCAACCGCAAUAUCUAGACUAGAUAGAUCCAGUCCAGUAGGUGGCGGAAAUGCUCUUUCACAUUGUUUUGCCUUCCGCUAUGAAAUGGCAGAAGAAGACAGAAGACUGCUCCCUGAAUGCGGACAAAUAGAUGUCUUUGUGUAAGUUAGUAUUACAGCAGACGUUUGUUUUUAAUUUUUCCGAGAUAGAAAUAUCUGUAAAUUUCAAUGGGCAUUUAAAUGAACUUUAGAUAUAAUGUAGUUGAGAAUAGUGUUUUGUUUUUCGUGGCUUUUAUAGAAAUGAACAGAGUUGAGUGAACAUCUCCCGUAAAUUGUCAUUUGAAGCUCGUUUCAUUGGUGUCAACAGACCGAGGCAAACUAGAUUUUCUCCUUUUCCACGGACUCCCUUGCGGCCCCUGCAAGAUAUUGACAUGAUAGAGUUAACGUUUAGCACAUGCUACUUUCUUCAAUUUAUUCAUAUUUCCUUAUUUAUUUUUCCAUCCCAGUUGAACAACUUUUCAUCAUGUUCAUUUCAGGUCUGAUGGAAGCGAAAGAGGAACUGAAUGAGGUGGAGGAGAAACAUCAUCAUUCCGUCACUGGAGAAAAACCUUCGAAUGCCUCGCCGCCGGAAACCUCUUUCUCACAGAAAGCCAAAAAGUCUUUCACCUGCCCUCAGUGUGGAAAGAUUUUUGCACGGAAAGCGAGACUCGAGCGGCACAUCAGAAUUCACACCGGAGAGAAACCCUUCACGUGUGUCGAGUGCGGCAAGAGUUUUGCGUGCAAAGCCAGACUCGCCAGGCACGCCAAAACUCACACCGGAGAGAAGCCGUUCACGUGCGAUUGGUGCGGAAAGAGUUUGGCAUGCAGAACGAGACUUAAGAGGCACAUGCAAACGCACACUGGAGAAAAGCCUCACGUCUGUCUGCACUGCGGAAAGAGCUUCGCGUGCAACACUAACCUACAGAGGCACGUCAAACUUCACACCGGAGAGAGGCCGCAUACGUGCCCGGAGUGCGGGAAGAGCUUCAUACGGAACGAGAAGCUCAAGAGUCACAUGACCAUCCACACCGGAGAGCGGCCUUACGCGUGCGAUCAGUGCGGGAAGAGUUUCCGACACAUCAACGGCCUCAAAGAUCACCAGCUCUCUCAUUCCGCCGUGAGGUCGUUCAACUGCGAACAGUGCGGGAAAGAGUUCAUCACGGCGUCAGCGCUGAAGAGACACUUCAAAGUGCACUCAGGCGAGAAGCCUUACUUGUGUCCUCUGUGUGGAAAGACUUUCGCUCGGGUGGAUUGUUUUAAAAGGCACCAGGAGGUUCAUAGCGGUGUGAAGGAUCACGUGUGCUUUGAAUGCGGGAAGGCUUUUGUUACGGCCGACCAGCUCAAGCAGCACCAGAGGAUUCACGCUGGAGAAAAACCUCACAAGUGCGAGCUCUGCGGGAAGAGUUUCGCUCGUUUACCGCAGCUGAUCGCGCACGAGACGGCGCACCGAGAGAAGCCGCACCACUGCGCUCUGUGUGGGAAGAGUUUCAAGCAAUCACGACAUCUACUGAUUCACGUGAAAAAGCAUCAUCCGAUCGAAACGCUGAUUGUGGAGUGUCUGAACCGGCACACAAGGAUUCAUACUGGAGAGAAACCAUUCAUGUGCCCUCAAUGUGGACGAGGUUUUGCACUGUCGGGAGCCAUUAGGAGGCACAUAAAAAUCCACAGUGGAGAGAAACCAUUCACAUGUGGUCACUGCGGAAAGAGUUUCACGUAUAAAGAAAACCUCACGGAGCACAUGCGGAUCCACACUGGAGAGAGACCCUACGCUUGUACUGAGUGUGGAAAGAGGUUCACGCAUGUCAGCAGUCUGAAAGAGCAUCUUCACACACACUCUGCAGAGCGGCUGUUUAACUGCGAACAGUGCAGUAAAGCGUUUCUGUCGUCAUCGAUGCUGAAGAGACACCUGCAGGUGCACGUGCAGGAGAAGCCGUACUUGUGUUCUCUGUGCGGGAAGAGUUUUGCACGGCUAGACGACCCGAUGGAUGAGAACAAUGAGAAUGAUCAACUGAAUGAAGUGGAGAAGAAACAUCUUCAUGUCAGAACUGGAGAAAAAACAGUUUUCAAGAAAUCUUUCAGCUGCCCUCAGUGUGGAAAGCAUUUAACAACCAAAUAUAUCCUCGAAGUUCAUAUGAGGAUCCACACUGGAGAAAAACCGUUCACAUGCACUCAGUGUGGAAAAAGAUUCACAUUCAAACAGAAUCUCCGGGUUCACAUGAGAGUUCAUACUGGAGAGAAGCUGUUCACGUGUGAUUAUUGUGGGAAGAGUUUCAAAUAUGAGGGAAACCUCAAGGACCACACGAGGAUCCACACUGGAGAGAGACCCUAUGCAUGUGUUCACUGCGGAAAGAGUUUCUCUGAUAGGAAAACCUUUAAGAUCCACAUGAGGAUCCACACCGGAGAGCGGCCUUUCGCAUGCCGUCAGUGUGAAAAGAGGUUCACGCAGGCGAAAUAUCUUAAAUCACAUCUGCGUUCUCACUCUGGAGAAAGACUAUUCAGCUGCGAUCAGUGCGUCAAAUCAUUUUUUACAGCAUUAUCCCUGAAGAAGCACCUGAAAGUUCAUUUACAGGAAAAGCCACACUUGUGUUCUUUGUGUGGAAAGAGUUUCACAGAGCUCGGUUCAUUAAUAGUACACCAGAAAAGACACAGCGGCAUGAAGAAUCACAUAUGCAGCGAGUGCGGGAAGUCAUUUAUAACAAAUAGUGAACUAAAAGUGCACCAGAAUAUCCACACCGGAGAGAAACCGUUCAAGUGUUCACACUGCGACAAGAGAUUCAAUCAGUCAGGAAACCUGAAAACUCAUGAGAGGAUCCACACUGGAGAGAAACCAUACACAUGUGAUCAAUGCGGGAAGAGUUUCAGUCAGUUCGCUUCUCUGCUCAGGCAUGGAAACACUAUUAUCUGUAAUAAGCUGUAAGUAGUUCAUCUCGAAUUGCGGAGGUUAAUAACUUCUCACUGGAGUUGUGAGAUUGAGAUCAACUGAAAUGUGGAUAUUCUUUCCAACAUAGCAACAUUUUGUUCUUUUAAAUGAUCCCAUGAUUUA